AUGCUGAAAACAGAGUUUUUCACCUUCCAUCAACACGACCGGCAAAACCUCGUCAUUCGAACUCUUGGUUAUUCCGUGCCUAGAAAUUUACAUCCGCACAUUCAAUUGAUUCAGCCUACUACUCGAUUCGGCAGCCUCAUACCUCAAAGACGCUCCGCUUUCAAACCAAAGACAGCGACUUCCGGGCAGCUAACCGCUAGUUGUGGUACAACCAUCAUACCGGACUGCCUUCGGGAUCUUUAUGGAAUUGAUAACACAACCACCAGACCUGAAUGGCGGAAUCGACUGGGGAUAUCUGGUUUCCUGGAACAGUAUGCUCGCCACACUGAUUUCGAUGAAUUUUUGCGACAAUACGCGCAAAGCCACACAGACGCUAAUUUCAGCAUCGUCUCGAUCAACGGCGGCCAGGAUUAUCAACACUCCAUGUCUGAUAGCAUCGAAGCAAAUCUAGAUGUGCAGUACUCCAUUCCACUCGCGGAUGAAGUGCUAGCAACAUUUUAUAGUACCGGGGGACGCGGUCCUGUAGUCCCCGAAAUUGCUCAUCCAGACCCUGCCGAAUCAUCAAAUGAGCCAUAUCUUGAACAGCUCCAUUACCUCCUGAAUCUUCCCGAUGAAGAGCUCCCCGCGGUGCUUUCCAACUCAUACGGAGAAAACGAGCAGAGUCUUCCACCGUCCUAUCUAAACGCAACUUGCAGCCUAUUUGCCCAGCUCGGUGCCCGGGGAGUUUCAAUCCUUUUCGGUAGCGGAGAUUCUGGUCCGGGAACUUCGUGUAUGAAAAAUGACGGGACGAAGCAAUCCAGAUUUCUCCCCGAAUAUCCUGCUUCAUGUCCAUUUGUAACCUCCGUGGGUGGAACAUACGGAAUCAAUCCCGAAAGAGAGGUUUCCUUCUCUGGAGGUGGGUUUUCAGAGGUGUUCCCUCGUCCCCAAUACCAGGACCAGGCAGUGAAAGGCUACCUUCAUCAUCUUGGAAAUCGAUGGAAUGGACUGUAUAAUGCUACGGGAAGGGGAUUUCCCGAUCUAUCUGCCCAAGCCACCAAUUUCAUUGUUCGAGACCAUGGCGAGUGGAUCUCGGUCGGCGGUACAAGUGCUUCAACCCCAGUGAUUGCAGCUGUAAUUUCCCGGCUCAACUCUGCCCGUAUUGCCCAGGGCAAGCCUCGAAUGGGCUUCCUGAACCCAUGGCUUUAUAGCCACGGGCAAACAGGACUCAGGGAUAUUAUUCUGGGCAGCUCCUCAGGCUGUAAACAGAACCCUGGUGAUGUUCGGGUACGGAACGCAAGCUGGGAUGCCACCACAGGGUGGGAUCCAGUGACAGGGCUAGGCACGCCCUUAUUCCCUACACUUGUGGAACUGGCAUUAUCAGACGACCAUGUGUAG